UUUUGCCUUAUUUAUCAAUUUUUUGUAUAUAUAAUCGAAUGUGAAUCUCUUUGAGUUAAUCAUUAUAGACUUCAUCUCCAGAAAAAAUCUGAGAGUUUCGACCAAUAUGGAUUCAUCGCCGGCAACCACCGCGGGCGGCGGCGGAACCAACAUUAUGGUCUCGCAAUCAUCCGCUGCGUCGCCUAUGGAUUCUUCCGCCGCCGCCGCCGCCGCCGCAACCUCAGUUGACGAUCCUAAACAGAAUUUGACUCAAGUUAUAAAUUCAAUCCAGAAAACUCUCGCCCUCCUCCAUCAGCUCUACCUCACCGUCUCCUCCUACAAUGUUGGUUCCCAACUCCCUCUCCUCCAGCGCAUGAAUAAUCUAGUGUUGGAAUUGGAUAAUAUGACGAGAUUAGCAGAGAAGUGCAACAGUCAGGUGCCCAUGGAGGUUCUAAAUUUGAUAGAUGAUGGGAAGAAUCCUGAUGAGUUCACACGGGAUAUGUUGAAUGGAUGCAUUGCCAAGAACCAGAUUACUAAAGGGAAAACAGAUGCCUUCAAGGGCUUGCGAAGACAUCUCCUAGAAGAACUAGAGCAGGUAUUUCCUGCUGAAGUUGAAACUUAUAGGGAGAUACGAUCAGCAUCUGCAGCCGAGGCCAAACGAUUGGCUCAAACCCAAAACAUGCUUCCGAAUGGGGAUGCCAAAAGUUAAGAAAGAAAUUUGAGGAACAUUUGGCUCAUGGAUAGAGUUGAUUUGCAUGUUUAUGUUUGGGCAUGUAAAUGAGAUACAAUAUCACUUAAACUUAUAUUGCUAUACAUUUAUUUUCAGUUGCCAAGCUUGAUAGAAACUUUACUGAUUAUUUUGAAACGUUUCAAGGAAUACCAGGUCAUGCCGUGAAGUGUAAAGGUGGCUUUCUAGAAAAUUUGUAAAUAUGACAUGGACUCAAAUUUUCCUUUAAAUUUAAACAAAGUAAAUGGUUUAGUUAUUA